CCCACUAAUAAUCCAAGGUUUGCAGAGUGGUAGAACGCGGGUACCAUGCGAGCGGAGAAAUUAGCAGAGGCUUUGAUUUGAUAACCACGCUCAAGAGGAAGCUCUCACAGAGAUGCUGAGUUUCAUGAUUCUGAAGAUUUAGGGCUCCAAAAGGGAGGAUGAGCUAGUUAGGUUAUAGUUGGAAAAAGUCUGUUCUGGGGUUUAGGGUUUUUGGGGCCUGAUGGCAACCUCAGGCCAGUCGCUCCGGUCCUCCUCCGCUGCCUCCACCGGAGGCAACUUCGACUCGCUCAAUCGCAUCCUCUCCGACCUCUGCACUCGUGGUCAUCCCAAGGAAGGGGCUUCAUUAGCGUUAAAGAAACACAUCGAAGAAGCAGCUCGUGAUCUUAAUGGAGAAGCAUUUUCUCGGUUCAUGGAUCAAUUAUAUGAUCGUAUUUCUAUUCUCUUAGAAAGUAACGAUGUGGCUGAAAAUUUGGGGGCUUUAAGAGCUAUUGAUGAGUUGAUUGAUGUGGCUCUUGGUGAAAAUGCUUCGAAGGUUUCAAAGUUUUCUAAUUAUAUUAGGAAUGUAUUUGAGUUGAAGCGUGAUCCUGAAAUUUUGGUCCUUGCUAGCCGAGUUUUGGGUCAUCUAGCUAGAGCAGGUGGAGCAAUGACUGCAGAUGAAGUUGAACGUCAGGUAAAAGUUGCUUUGGACUGGUUGCGUGGGGAAAGGGUUGAGUAUCGUCGCUUUGCUGCUGUCUUAAUUCUGAAGGAAAUGGCAGAAAAUGCUUCAACAGUAUUCAACGUGCAUGUACCAGAGUUUGUUGAUGCCAUUUGGGUUGCUUUGAGGGAUCCACAACUGGCUGUUCGGGAGCGGGCUGUGGAGGCAUUGCGAGCUUGUCUUCGUGUUAUUGAGAAGCGUGAGACACGUUGGCGUGUGCAAUGGUAUUAUCGAAUGUUUGAAGCCACACAAGAUGGGUUAGGUAGAAAUGCUCCUGUUCACAGUAUACAUGGUUCCUUACUUGCAGUUGGCGAGCUUUUGAGGAAUACUGGUGAAUUCAUGAUGUCAAGAUAUAGAGAAGUUGCUGAUAUUGUUCUUAGAUACCUAGAACACCGGGAUCGUCUUGUACGCUUGAGCAUAACUUCAUUGCUACCUCGAAUCGCUCAUUUUUUACGCGAUAGAUUUGUGUUAAACUAUUUAACGAUAUGCAUGAAUCAUAUUCUCACAGUUCUUAGAACACCAGCUGAGCGUGCCAGUGGGUUCAUUGCCCUUGGUGAGAUGGCUGGAGCUUUAGAUGGGGAACUCAUCCACUAUUUGCCGACUAUUACAAAUCACUUACGUGAUGCAAUUGCUCCACGUCGUGGUAGACCCUCACUUGAGGCUUUGGCUUGUGUUGGAAGCAUUGCAAAAGCCAUGGGGUCUGCAAUGGAAUCGCAUGUUCGUGGUCUCUUAGAUGUUAUGUUCUCAGCUGGCCUUUCCCCUACACUUGUAGAAUCCCUAGAGCAAAUAACCAUCAGUAUUCCAUCUCAGCUACCCAGUAUUCAAGACCGGCUUUUAGAUUGCAUUUCAAUGGUUCUAUCAAAAUCAUAUUCUCCUCAAGGUAGGCCAGCUGCUGUGGUGGGGCGGGGAAAUGCAAUGAUAGUCCCUCAACAAGUUUCAGAUCUUUGUGGUUCAUCUCUUGUGCAACUUGCAUUGCAAACACUUGCUCGUUUUAACUUUAAGGGUCAUGACCUUCUAGAGUUUGCACGAGAAUCAGUUGUUGUGUAUUUGGAUGAUGAAGAUGGAGCAACACGAAAAGAUGCUGCUCUAUGUUGUUGCAAACUAGUUGCAAACUCCUUUUGUGGACUGCAAUGCACACAAUUUGGUACUAGUAGGUCUAGUCGCACUGGUGGGAAACGCCGUCGCCUUAUCGAGGAGCUUGUGGAAAAGCUUCUCAUUGCGGCUGUUGCAGAUGCUGAUGUUACUGUUCGCAAUUCUAUCUUUGUCUCUCUGCAUGGAAAUAGGGGCUUUGACGAUUUUAUAGCACAGGCUGAUAGCCUGAGUGCAGUCUUUGCUGCACUUAAUGAUGAGGAUUUUGAUGUUCGAGAGUAUGCCAUAUCUGUUGCUGGGAGAUUGUCUGAAAAGAAUCCUGCAUAUGUUCUUCCAGCUCUUCGUCGCCAUCUUAUACAAUUGUUAACUUAUUUGGACCAGAGUGCAGAUAAUAAAUGCCGAGAAGAAAGUGCGAAGUUGUUGGGAUGUUUGAUACGUAAUUGUGAACGAUUAAUACUUCCUUACAUUGCUCCUGUUCACAAGGCACUCGUGGCAAGGCUUAGUGAGGGCACUGGGGUGAAUGCUAAUAAUGGCAUCAUCACUGGAGUUCUUGUUACUGUUGGAGAUCUUGCUAGAGUGGGUGGUUUUGCAAUGAGACAAUACCUCCCUGAACUCAUGCCAUUGAUUGUUGAAGCCUUGUUGGAUGGAGCUGCUGUUGCAAAACGUGAAGUGGCUGUUUCUACCCUUGGCCAAGUUGUUCAGAGCACAGGGUAUGUUAUAACUCCAUACAAUGAGUACCCGUUGUUGCUUGGCUUAUUGUUAAAAUUGCUGAAUGGUGAGCUAGCUUGGUCUACCAGACGUGAAGUACUAAAGGUUCUAGGAAUAAUGGGUGCUUUGGAUCCUCAUGUGCAUAAAAGGAACCAGCUAAGCUUGCCAGGGUCACAUGGAGAUGUACCACGUGCAGCAAGUGAUUCUGGUCAACAUAUUCAAUCUGUGGAUGAACUGCCUAUGGAGUUGUGGCCAUCGUUUGCAACAUCUGAAGAUUAUUAUUCCACGGUGGCAAUCAAUUCGCUCUUAAGAAUACUUAGAGAUCCUUCCCUUGCGAGUUAUCAUCUUAAGGUGGUUGGGUCCCUUAUGUUCAUAUUCAAGUCUAUGGGCCUUGGUUCUGUUCCAUACUUACCCAAGGUUUUGCCUGAUCUGUUCCACACUGUUAGUACAUGUGAUGAUACUUUGAAGGACUUCAUAACAUGGAAACUUGGAACUCUAGUGUCUAUUGUUCGCCAGCACAUUCGCAAAUAUUUACCAGAGCUGCUCUCUCUCGUAUCAGAAUUAUGGUCGUCCUUCAGUUUUCCCUCUACCAGUCGUCCUCCACUUGGCUAUCCAGUUCUUCACUUAGUGGAACAACUUUGCUUGGCUCUUAAUGAUGAGUUCAGAAUGAUUCUCCACAUUAUUCUUCCUUGUUGUAUUCAAGUAUUGAGCGAUGCUGAACGGUGUAAUGAUUAUACCUAUGUUCUUGAUAUCCUUCACACUCUUGAAGUUUUUGGUGGCACUUUGGAUGAACACAUGCAUCUUCUUCUUCCUGCACUUAUUCGUUUAUUUAAGGUGGAUGCCCCGGCAGACAUAAGACGUGCUGCAAUCAGAACUUUGACGAGAUUGAUCCCUCGUGUGCAGGUAACUGGUCACAUAUCUUCUCUUGUGCAUCACCUGAAGCUUGUCUUGGAUGGGAAGAACGAUGAACUCCAAAAAGAUGCUGUUGAUGCUCUUUGUUGCUUAGCCCAGGCCCUUGGGGAGGAUUUCACUGUUUUUAUUUCAUCGAUACACAAGCUUUUAUUGAAACAUCGCUUGCGGCAUAAAGAAUUUGAGGAAAUUGAGGGGCGUUUACGAAGACGAGAGCCACUGAUCUUGGGGAGCACAACUGCUCAACGGUUGAGUAGGAUAUUUCCUGUGGAAGUCAUUAGUGAUCCUCUAAAUGAUGUUGACAUUGACCCUUACGAAGAUAGGUCGGAUGUGCAUAAACAAUUUAGGGCUCACCAGGUUAAUGAUGGUCGAUUGCGCACUGCUGGAGAGGCUUCCCAGCGAAGUACUAAAGAAGAUUGGGCUGAAUGGAUGAGGCAUUUCAGCAUCGAGCUUCUAAAGGAAUCACCUUCUCCUGCAUUACGGACCUGUGCAAGGCUUGCACAGUUGCAGCCUUUUGUUGGGCGUGAGUUGUUUGCAGCUGGUUUUGUUAGCUGUUGGGCACAACUAAAUGAGACAAGUCAGAAGCAGUUAGUUCGGAGCUUGGAGAUGGCAUUUUCCUCCCCAAAUAUUCCCCCUGAAAUUUUGGCUACACUUCUUAACCUGGCAGAGUUCAUGGAACAUGACGAGAAGCCUCUUCCUAUUGACAUUCGUCUCCUUGGUGCUCUUGCGGAGAAAUGUCGUGCAUUUGCUAAAGCUCUGCAUUACAAAGAAAUGGAAUUUGAGGGCGCAAGGUCCAAAAAGAUGGAUGCUAAUCCGGUUGCUGUAGUUGAAGCACUUAUUCAUAUUAACAAUCAGUUGCACCAGCACGAGGCUGCUGUUGGAAUAUUGACAUAUGCUCAACAACAUCUGGGUGUUCAGCUGAAAGAGUCUUGGUAUGAGAAACUGCAACGCUGGGAAGAUGCUCUUAAGGCAUAUACUGCCAAAGCAUCACAAGCAUCAAAUCCACAUCUUGUAUUGGAUGCCAUGUUAGGGCGGAUGAGAUGCCUUGCUGCUUUGGCUCGAUGGGAAGAGCUUAACAACCUGUGCAAGGAGUAUUGGACCCCUGCAGAGCCAGCUGCUCGGCUAGAAAUGGCUCCAAUGGCUGCAAGUGCUGCAUGGAACAUGGGAGAGUGGGACCAAAUGGCAGAAUAUGUUUCUCGGUUAGAUGAUGGUGAUGAAACCAAACUUCGUAGCUUGGGUAACACUGCUGCUAGUGGUGAUGGAAGCAGUAGUGGAACAUUCUAUAGGGCUUUGUUAUUAGUUCGUAAAGGAAAGUAUGAUGAAGCUCGUGAAUAUGUUGACAGAGCUAGGAAAUGCUUAGCAACAGAACUUGCUGCUUUGGUACUGGAGAGUUAUGAGCGUGCUUACAGCAAUAUGGUCAGAGUUCAACAACUUUCAGAACUAGAGGAGGUCAUUGAUUACUGCACACUUCCUGUUGGAAAUUCUGUUGCUGAAGGACGACGUGCUCUUAUUCGAAAUAUGUGGACAGAGCGGAUUCAAGGAGCAAAGCGGAAUGUUGAGGUUUGGCAAGCAGUAUUAGCCGUUAGAGCCCUUGUGCUACCUCCAACAGAAGAUAUUGAGACAUGGCUAAAGUUUGCUUCUCUUUGUCGGAAAAGUGGGAGAGUCAGCCAGGCAAGAUCUACUCUAGUUAAGCUCUUACAGUACGAUCCUGAGACAUCUGAAAAUGGGUGGUAUUCUGGGCCACCUCAAGUAAUGUUGGCAUAUUUGACGUAUCAAUGGUCGCUUGGGGAGGAUAUUAAGCGCAAGGAAGCUUUUGCUAGGCUGCAAGUUUUGUCUAGAGAGCUUUCAUCUUCACCUAUUAUUCAACCUGUCAAGCCAAUUAGCUUGUCAAAUGGUAGAAGUUCAAGUGUGCCACUUCUUGCUCGUGUAUGCCUUAGACUUGGAACCUGGCAAUGGGCCCUUUCUCCUGGACUAGAUGAUGAUUCUAUACAAGAAAUUCUUACUGCAUUCCGGAAUGCCACCCAGUGUGCAAAUACUUGGGCAAAGGCAUGGCACAUGUGGGCGCUGUUUAAUACGGCUGUGAUGUCUCAUUAUACAAUGAGAGGUUUUCCUGAUGUCGCAGCACAGUUUGUUGUUGCUGCAGUUACAGGAUAUUUUCACUCUAUAGCAUGUGCUGCAAAUUCUAAAGGUGUUGAUGACAGUUUACAGGAUAUUCUCCGUCUUCUCACUUUAUGGUUCAACCAUGGAGCUACUGCAGACGUUCAAAUGGCAUUACAAAAAGGAUUUGCUCAUGUUAAUAUCAACACAUGGCUGGUAGUUUUACCUCAAAUAAUUGCAAGGAUACAUUCGAAUAACCAUGCAGUAAGAGAACUCAUUCAGUCAUUAUUGGUUCGAAUUGGGCAAAGUCAUCCUCAGGCACUCAUGUAUCCUCUCCUUGUAGCAUGUAAAUCGAUUAGCACUUUACGCCGAGCAGCAGCUCAAGAAGUUGUUGACAAAGUUCGACAACAUAGUGGUGUUCUUGUUGAUCAGGCUCAACUUGUAUCAAAAGAAUUGAUUCGAGUUGCCAUACUUUGGCAUGAAAUGUGGCAUGAGGCCCUUGAGGAAGCUAGUCGUUUGUACUUUGGUGAACAUAACAUUGAGGGGAUGCUUAAGGUUUUGGAGCCCUUGCAUGAAAUGCUUGAAGAUGGAGCUGUGAAGAAUAAUACAACAAUUAAGGAAAGGGCAUUUAUUGAGGCAUACCGCCGUGAGUUGCUUGAAGCCUAUGAAUGUUGCAUGAAAUAUAAGAAAACCGGGAAAGAUGCUGAACUUACUCAGGCUUGGGAUCUCUAUUACCAUGUAUUUAGACGAAUAGAUAAGCAACUUCAGAGCCUUACAACCCUGGACCUUCAGUCUGUUUCACCGGAGUUACUUGAAUGUCGUAAUUUGGAGCUUGCUGUUCCUGGGACUUAUCGAGCAGAGUCGCCGGUCGUGACAAUUGCGUCAUUUGCAACCCAGCUUGUUGUGAUAACAUCAAAACAGCGGCCUCGAAAGUUGACAAUUCAUGGGAGUGAUGGUGAGGAUUAUGCCUUCUUACUGAAGGGACAUGAAGAUUUACGACAAGAUGAGCGUGUUAUGCAGCUAUUUGGUCUGGUUAAUACUUUGCUGGAGAAUUCUAGAAAAACCGCUGAAAAGGACCUUUCCAUCCAACGAUAUGAUGUUAUUCCACUAUCUCCAAAUAGUGGAUUGAUUGGUUGGGUCCCACAUUGUGACACCCUACAUCAUCUUAUCCGUGAGUAUAGAGAUGCCAGAAAGAUAACCUUGAACCAAGAGCACAAAUACAUGCUUAGUUUUGCACCUGAUUAUGAUCAUUUGCCGCUCAUAGCUAAAGUAGAAGUUUUUGAGUAUGCACUACACAAUACAGAAGGAAAUGACCUUGCAAGGGUUCUUUGGUUGAAAAGUCGAACAUCUGAGGUAUGGUUAGAGAGAAGGACCAAUUAUACCCGAAGUUUGGCUGUCAUGAGUAUGGUUGGUUACCUUCUUGGCUUGGGUGAUCGUCACCCAAGUAACCUUAUGCUGCAUCGUUAUACUGGUAAGAUCUUGCACAUUGAUUUUGGAGAUUGCUUUGAAGCUUCAAUGAACAGAGAAAAAUUCCCUGAGAAGGUACCCUUCCGAUUGACUAGAAUGCUUGUCAAGGCUAUGGAGGUUAGUGGCAUUGAGGGAAACUUCCGUUCCACGUGUGAAAAUGUGAUGCAAGUUCUUCGAUCGAACAAGGAUAGUGUUAUGGCGAUGAUGGAGGCUUUUGUUCACGACCCUCUUAUAAACUGGCGUCUUUUCAACUUCAAUGAAGUCCCACAAAUGUCGAUGUUUGCAAGCACCCAUGCCCCUGCUGUUGUGAAUGCCGAAGAUUCUGCUCAAAGUCGCGAACUUCCUCAACCUCAACGAGGCGCUCGUGAAAGAGAGCUUCUUCAGGCUGUUAAUCAACUUGGUGAUGCCAAUGAGGUUUUGAACGAGCGUGCUGUUGUUGUAAUGGCUCGCAUGAGUAACAAACUAACUGGACGAGAUUUCCCCACUUGUUCUUCUAUGUCAACCACUUCGGUUCAACAAGCAGUCGACCACAGCACCUUAAUAUCUGGGGAUUCCCGUGAAGUUGAUCACGGUCUAUCUGUUAAGCUGCAAGUUGAGAAGUUAAUCGGUCAAGCUAUGUCACACGAAAACCUGUGUCAAAAUUACGUCGGGUGGUGCCCUUUUUGGUAAUCCAGAAGCAACUGCUCAUUUGUUUGUCUCCUGUAUAUAUCAUUUCUUCAUGUAAAUUAUGUAAACAUGUUCUUACAAACCAUGUACAACACCUUCUGAUGCUUCCCACAUAAACUAUAUAAUCUUAAUGGUUAUGGCCUUGAUUUUAUC